AUGGCUGUAAAUUCCAUCAAACUGGACCUGCAAAUUAUUCAAGAUAUCAGGAACUUAUUGUGGGGUUCAGGAUUAAAAGACGAAGUAUUUGCAAGGUGGACACAAGGAUUUGUAUUCAGUGAAGAUGAACCAACAGCCUUAGUACAACAUGAAGGAGGGCCAUGUGCAGUUAUUGCCCCUGUUCAGGCCUAUGUUCUAAAGGCAGCACUCUUCUGUGAUAAUCCAUCUGAGAAUAUAUCUUCAGUGACAGAGGAAGAGGCGAAAGAAUUAUUGUGUACAGCUCUAACCCAAAUUCUAAUCGAUGUCACAUCUGGUACUUACAAAGUUAUCUCUCUUGAAAACUCUCCCUUGGAACAAAUUACAUCAAAUUCUCAGGAAGCAUCAACAUCUGAUGCAGCAGUAACUGAGAAAGAAGUGGAGGAGGGUGAGAGAAGUCCUAAACGUCCUCGACUGGAUGAGGACAUUUUCCAUUCACGACUCAGGUGCACAGAGUGUGAAGAUGAAGAAGCUCUCAGGACAUGUAUAAAAUCUCGUAUUCCCAAUUUUACAGAUGAAUUUGGAGUUUUAUUACAUUUAUAUUCGGUAGUGUUAACUAAGGGAAUAGAACAAAUAAAAAAUGAAGUUGAAGAUCCAGGGGAGUCACUGAUAGAUUGUGUCCAUGGUCAUGGAAGUCAAAGCUUGAUUAACUUGUUCCUGAGUGGCAAAGCUGUGACCAAUGUUUGGGACAAUGACAAAGAAGUCUGUGGCCUCAAACUACAUGGCAUACACCGACAGGCCACAAUAGGAUUCCUUACACUGCUAGAACAUAUGCGAUAUUGUGAGGUUGGAUGGUAUCUGAAGAACCCGCAAUAUCCUAUAUGGCUGAUUGGCAGUGAGACUCACCUUACAGUGCUCUUUUCAAAGGAGGAGAAUCUAGUUGUAAGAGAAUCACCUCAUCUCAAUGCUAAACAGAUAUUCCAGUCGUUUGAUCCUGAAGGAAAUGGAUUUAUUUCUACGAUUCAGCUGGCAGAUCUUAUGAGUGCCUUAAAUCUUGUGUCUGAGAAGGAAUAUGUCGACAUCAUGACCACAAAACUUGAUGCUGAGAGUCUGGGUAUAAUCACCAUGCACUGCUUCAUGGAAGAGUUCUAUCCAGGGGAGAGCACUAGUGAUACUCCACGAUCUUUUACAGUGUAUCAUUAUAAUGGACUUGCCAGAUCAUGUAUAGAAAACAAGGUCCGUUACCAAAGUGGAAAGGCAACCAUUCCAGAAGAACUUGAUGUUCAGGUUAUCACAGAUGUAUCUGCCAUGAAGAUGUGCUUGGAAACAAAAUGGCCGACAAUUGAAGUUACAUGGAACUUUGAUCACAUACCGUCACUGAAUUAAAAUUCGCUUGGUGCUUAAU